GUUUCAGAAAACACCCGAUUCACCCUCAACUUGUUCACAACAGAAACUUGUUGUACAGACGAGAGUAGGUGAAAUUACAUUCAAUAUUCAAGAGUCUGCAUGACAAUGUCUUUGAGUGAUAAGCAACCGACAGAGAACGAGAGUCUAAAACGGAGCAGAAAGAAGCAAAAGAAGGAAGAUGCCUGGAAACCAGAUGGACCCAAGGACCCUUUUUCUAUGCUGGACUCUCUUCCUGAGUCGAAGCAGCAGGAGAUCCAGAAAGCCCUCCACCUCUUCUCCUUGGGCCCAACUCUGCCCAAGACCCUGCAGCAGGCCAAAAAACACACGUACCGCUUCUGGGAAACACAGCCUGUCCCCAGACUGGGUGACAGUGUUGAGACUCAUGGUCCAAUAGUAGAGGGUGAAGCCAGUGUGCGUAUGGAGCCCUACUCUCUACCUCAAGGUUUCUCCUGGGACACUUUGGACAUGAGCAACCCCUCUGUGUUGAAAGAGCUAUGCACUCUGCUCAAUGAGAACUACAUGGAGGAGGAUGACAACACUAUGAGAUUUGAGUUCUCUUCGGAUUACCUACAAUGGGCUUUACAACCUCCUAACUGGCUGGCUCAGUGGCACUGCGGUGUACGAGUAGACUCAAAUAAAAAGUUAGUCGGCUUCAUUGCUGCUCUUCCCGCAGAUGUCCGCAUUUAUGAGACGGAGAAGCGGAUGGUACAGGUCAAAUUUCUGUGUGUUCAUAAGAAGCUGCGCCUCAAGCGGAUGACUCCUGUUCUGAUCCGAGAGCUCACCAGACGAGUCAACCAGCAGGGCGUCUUCCAGGCUGUCUACACUGCUGCCUUAGUGCUGCCCACACCCCUGAGCUCCUGCAGGUACUGGCAUCGCCCUCUGAAUCUCCGAAAGCUGAUGGAGCUGAGCUACCCCGGUCUGAAGCAGAACAUGAGCCUGCAGAGAGCUGCGAAGUUCAACCGUCUGCCUGAUGUGACAAAGACCCCAGGUCUGCGCCGUAUGACUGAGGAAGAUGCUGCGGGGGUUCACUCUCUGCUGCAGGCUAACCUCAGCAAGUUCCACCUCAGCCUAAUGUUGUCUUUACAGGAAGUAGAGCACUGGCUGUUGCCGAGGGAGAAUGUGAUCGACACCUAUGUCGUGCAGGGUGAUGAUGGCACACUGACCGACAUGGUGAGUUUCUACAGUGUCUCCUACAGGGUGCUGAAUCAUCCUGUGCACACUGACCUGAGAGCAGCUCAUCUCCUUUACGUUACCUCGACCGCCACAGACCCGGUCGACCUCAUGGAGGACACACUGGUCCUGGCUCAAACUAAAGGUUUUGACAUCUUCUUUGCUCUCGAUGUGAUGGAUAACCAGAGUUUCCUGGAGAACCUCAAGUUCAGCAUCAGUGACAAGAGCCUUCAUUACUACUUGUACAACUGGAUGUGUCCUACUAUGAGCCCAGACAAGGUGGGCUUGGUGUUGCCCAACUAACCUGCCACUAAAAGGAGGCAGAGUGAAGAAGAUGAAUGGAACACAGUGAUUUGCAGGAAAUUGGGAAUCAAACUGCAUGCACAGCAUUGAUGACGUUUAAAAUGUUAACAGAGAAACUGUAAAACUGAAACACUCUCAAAAAAGUCAAUAAAAGAAAAAUUAUUCCAUUUGUUUUCAU